AUGGAGGGUGAGCAGUUUCUUCUAAAGAUUUCACCCAAGAAGGGUGUUAUACGAUUUGGGAAGAGGGGCAAUUUGAGCCCGAGGUACAUUUGUCCAUUUGAGAUUCUCCGUCAUAUUGGUGAUGUUGUUUAUGAGUUAGCCUUGCCACUAGGCUUGUCAGGUGUUCAUCCGGUAUUCUAUGUUUCUAUGCUGAAGAGUUACUAUUUACAUAGGUCUUGUAUCAUUCGUUGGGAUUCUGUGUUGCUUGAUGAGAAUAUGUCAUACGAGGAGGAGCCUAUAGUGAUCUUAGAUAGGCAGAAUAGAAAGUUGAGGUCCAAAGAGAUAGCUUCUAUUAAGGAGCAAUGGAAGCAUCAUCCUAUUGAAGAGGCCAUAUGA